AUGAAUAAUGAUGAUGAUGAUGAAACAAAAACUUUCGAUAGACAUGUCACUGAAUUGAAAGUUAUCAAUUCUGACUCACUUAAUCCAAAUAUACCAUUACCAUAUAAAUAUUAUGGGCAAAAGUUAUGGGAAACAAUUCAAACCAUUGUUUACGAUCUCAAUUAUAGCUGUGAAACAGUUGAAUUACAUAAACUUGAUUUUCAAGAACAUGAAUCUGUGAAUAAAUUUCUUAAUGCUGAUAUUGUUGUUAUGGAUGUUACAAAUCAAGAUCGUCGUCCCACUUUUAUGUAUCACAAAGGCAAUCGUGAAAGUGUAGAUUGUAUGAAUGACAUUGUAUUAAUUCAAGCUAGUGAUGUUGAAAAUGAUAGAACUAAUGCUAUUCAAGAUCUGAAAACAACAUGUAAAAUAAAACAAAUAAUUGAGUAUCAAUAUGAUGAAAAAAACAAUGUUUUUUAUGAUGUAACAACACAAAAAACAAAUUCAUCAACAUUACUUAAAAUCAGUUUAAAAUGUCUCUUAAAGGAAGCUGCGGAUAAUAUGCAGGAAGGUCUUGCUACUCGAUAUUUAAAUCGUCUUCAAAAACGUAAAAAUGAAGUUCAUGAUGCAAAUGCUGAAUGUAUUUAUUUAUGGAGAGAAAUUUGUGAUGAAAUUCUAACAAAAACAAGACAACAAUGUGCUACACCAAAAUUAAUUACACAAUUAAUGUAUGCUUUUCGAGAUAUACAAGAUUAUCAAUCAAUGAUAGAAUUAAUUGAACGUUGUGAACAAUAUGAAAUAAUUUCAAAAAGAAUUCAAAAUAAUACUAUGAUUUUAUAUUUAACAGCAUUUGCACGUAGCCGACGAAAUCAAAAUGAUGAUCGUGAUAAAGCAUUAGAAGUUCUUAAAAGAUUAUGUCAAACAAAAAAAACAGAAAAUGAAUUAUCAAAUGAUAUUAUUUGUUUAUGUGGAAGAAUUUAUAAAGAUAAAUAUACUGAAUCAAAUUGUCAAGAUAAAAAUUCAUUAGAAAAAGCUAUUGAAUAUUAUCGAAGAGGUUUUGCUGCUGAUCCUAAUAUUUAUGCUGGUAUUAAUUUACUAUUUCUUUUGGCAAUUACAACAGACGAUUUAAUAAAGAAUAACGAAGCAUAUAAAAUUAUUAUUAUAUUAAAUGCAUUACUUGGUAAAAAAGGUCGUUCUCUAAAAGAUUUAAAUGAUUAUUGGGAUGUCGCAACUUAUUUUGAAUUACAUGCUGUUUUACAUUAUUGGUCAAAAGCAUGUCAAGCAGCUUUACAUAUGUAUUUACUUAAUCCUCCGAUAUGGUAUUUAAAAUCUACAAUAAAUAAUUUAAAAAUUCUUCAUCAAGCAACACGUCUACGUGAUCAAAAACGAUUAUCAUCACGUGAACAAUCAAAAAUCACAACUGCUGAUGAACAUAGAUACAGUUUUUGGAUAGAUUUUUUUAGUGAUGCUAUUAAUUCUAAUUCAACAUCAUCUGAAGAAAGAGAAUUACCAGCUCAAGUACCCAUUCUUAUUUGUGAUAAUUAUGAAAAAACUGAUGGAGCACCAGUAAAUAAUAUUUAUGUUGAAGCACAUUUACAAUUAAAUUUUCAUACGGAUUGUGAACCUGAAACACUUGUUAUACGUAUAAUUGAACAACAAGAACAAAUAUGUAAAGGUAAUCUUGUUAAAACAAUUGAAAUGAAUUCAAUUCGAUCAAUUAUAAAUGUUAAACGUGAUAAUCGAUCUAUUUUUUUAUAUGCAUAUGAAAAUUCUGAAACAUUUUCAGCUGUUGAACUUCAAAUUUAUUUUGCAUCAGCUGAACGACGUACAGCAUUUAAUGAAAAAAUGUCAAAGUAUCGUGUAGAAACAAUUGUUGAGGAAGCAAAAUUUGAAUUUGAUCUUGAAUUCGAUCGUGAUCAAAAUGGUCAACGUAUUGCGCUUGGUCAAGGUACAUAUGGAAAAGUUUAUAGAGCACAAGAUCGUAUAACAUGGAAAAAAUUUGCUGUCAAAGAAAUUCCAAUGCGUAAUCCAUCUUAUACAGAAGUUCUCGAAAAUGAAAUUAAAAUACUAUCAACACUUAAUCAUAAAAAUAUUGUUAGUUAUUAUGGUACAGCUGUUGAUUCAAAUAAAAAACCUCCAAUCUUUCAAGUUAUUAUGGAAUAUGUUGAUGGUGGUAGUCUUUCACAACUUCUUGCAAACUUUGGAAAAUUUCCUGAACAAUCUAUUAGAAAAUAUACUCGACAACUUCUUGAAGGUCUACAAUAUUUACAUGAAAAUCAUAUUUUACAUCGAGAUAUUAAAUCAGCUAAUAUUCUUAUUAAUUCAAGAGGUGAAAUCAAAAUUGCUGAUUUUGGCACAUCAAAACGUCUUGCUGGUCUUCAUCUUUGUACAGAUGAUAUUGUUGGAACUCUUCAAUAUAUGUCUCCUGAUGUUGUUUUUGUACCUCCAAUGGGUUAUGGACCAGAAGUUGAUAUUUGGAGUGUUGGAUGUACAGUUAUUGAAAUGGCAACUGGUAAACGACCAUUUCAUAAUGUAACAAAUAAUUUUGCAUUAUUAUUUAAAAUUGGCAAUGAAAAACAAUCACCUGAUAUUCCAUCUGAAUUAUCUGAUAUAGCUAAAGAUUUUCUAGCCAAAUGCUUUGAACCACCUCAUAGACGUCCAUCAGCUAAAGAUUUAUUAAAUCAUCCGUUUUGCAAAACGAAAGCUGUAUUAUCACGAGAAUUAAGCGGUAAUCUCAUUAUUGUAGCAGAUCCUUCACCCUUAUUACGACAAAGUUCAAGCGACGAAGACAGCAUGUUUUCUGAUCCAGCUCGGGAUCUAGCAACUCAAAUAUCAAUUGAUGAUCGUCGUCGACUUAAAUUAGCAAAUUUGUUACGUGAUAAAGAUAAUCGAACAGCUCUCAUUAAUCAAUGGCUGAGUUUAAUAGAAGAAAAACGUGAAACUGACCUAUUAGAUAUUAAAAAACUUUUAAUUUUAUUUGAUGGUAUUUGUGAUUAUUUGGAUCACGGAAAUGUAUAUGCAUUAGGAAAUACAUUAGAUCAAAUUUGUGACAGAACAACAAUGGAUAGUGAUUUACGUAUUGAUCUUGAACGAUCAUUUUAUUUUUUUAUAAAAGCUGCAAAUAAUGUUCUUUCAAGACAUCGUCUACCUCCACAUGAUUUAUUUGCACUUGAUAAUAUUAUGCGUCGUAUAGCCGAAGAUCUUGUUGGUCUUAUUCGAUCAGAUUUUAUUCCUGCUGUUAAUAAUAUGACACCAUUGACACCUAAUAAUGAUUUAUUAAUUAAUGCAUUACAUGCACGUACAUUAUCAACUAAUAGUCUUGAUGGAAAAACAAUUGAUGAAGUAACACGUUUACAUGAACAAUAUAGAAAACUUACUGAAAAAAAUCGAGAACAACUUCGUCAAUUGAUUAAAAUCGAAAGUAAUAAUGAAAUAAAAUUGACUGAAUUGAUAAAUAAUGAACGAAAUUGUACAUCAAGUGAAACAACGAAAAUUUUCCUACCUAUAGAAACACCUACAACAACAGAAACCACGAAUUCUCCAAAUUCACCUGUUGCAAUAUCAACAGAACAAACAAAUGGAAUUCAUACAACAUCAACGUCAAGAGGGAUAAAACGUUCACGUGCACUUGCUGACCUUGAACAAGAACAUGAACGAUUAUUGAAAGAUAUUACUGAUAAUCGCACUCGUGUAAAUGAAAUACUGCAUGCAUAA